GCGCGCGUCCGGCGGAUGUUGAUCUGGCGCCGAGGACUACGGCCGGCGCGAUGGCGUCCGGUGACGGGAAGCCGGGCUGCAUAUUCGACCACCACGUCCAGACGGCGGUGUGUGACUCGCGGGCCAAAUACCGGGAGGGCCGACGCCCUCGUGCGGUCAAGGUAUAUACAAUCAAUUUGGAAUCUCAGUACUUAUUGAUACAAGGCGUUCCUGCAGUGGGAGCCAUGAAGGAAUUAGUUGAGCGAUUUGCUCUGUAUGGUGCGAUUGAACAGUAUAACGCUCUAGAUGAAUACCCAGCUGAAGAAUUUACAGAAGUUUAUCUCAUUAAAUUUGUGAAAUUACAGAGUGCAAGGAUAGCUAAGAAAAAGAUGGAUGAACAGAGUUUCUUUGGAGGGUUACUUCAUGUGUGCUAUGCUCCAGAAUUUGAGACAGUUGAAGAAACUAGAAAAAAAUUAGAAGAGAGAAAGGCUUAUAUUGCAAGAGCUACUAAGAACAAAGACUACCACAUGACAAAGAAGAAACUGGCUCCAGAGCAAAGAGGAACAAAAGAUUCUAGACAAGAUCUCCAUCCACAUACGCCUGGACUUUGUGCACCUGCUCUGAGCACUUCCCCGGAGAGUUCGAGUCCUUGUCCCCCUUAUUCUUGUGACUUGCCUUUAUGCUAUUUUGCCUCCCAAAGCACGUGUUUACCUGGGGAACGUGUGGACAGAGCAUCAAAUUCUCAUAGUAGCAGUAGGAACCAUAGUGAACUCUCAAAGCAUUGUAACUACAGUGCCUUUCUCCCAAAACUACAGAUGAACACUUACAAUAAUUCACUACCUUGCUCUAGUGUGCAGGAGGCCAUUACUACCUCAGAGUCAGUUGGCAGAUUUAUGCCUAGGACAACACAGCUUCAGGAGAGGAAAAGAAGGAGAGACUGUAGUCGCGAGCUUGGAACUUUUCCUGAAACAGACACAGGCAGUAACGAGCCUGUGAUUGGACCUAAGUUACCAGGUAUUCCCACAGUGGAUCUGCAGGAUGAUUCCUUGAAUACAACAGCAAACUUAAUUCGGAGUAAACUUAAAGAGGUGAUUUCAUCUGUGCCAAAGCCUCCAGAGGACAGAUUGGAAGAUGUGCAUCCAAGUCACCCACGAAAACAAAGAAGAAGAAUAUAGCUUGCCAGCCAUUUA